AUGGCGCCUCAAGCUCCAGUCGCGUCAACCGCGCCGAUCGCGGCCCCGCCCGCCUCCAGACAACUCGCCGUUUCGCCCCCGUCGCCGCUUCGCGAGUCGCCCCGCAGCUCGGCUGACGUGGACGAUGUAUACCCUGACGUGUCCUCGCUUUCAAUUGGCCUGGCAAACAGCACGAUCCCGUCGCUGGAGCAUGCUGACGUGGAAGUGGUGGUCCCCAGGCGAGCGGGCGACGGGGAUGAGGCGGGGGGGAGUGGGCAGGGAACGGGAGGCGGAGAGGGGGAGGAAGGGGCGGAGGGGGGAUUCGCGAGCAUGGAUGCGAUGCUGCAGUGGGCUAUAGAGCGGUCGGACCCGGAGGCGUUGAAGCAGCAAGCCAGGGAGGUGGCGGGCCUCACACCUGACGAGCUGGAGGAGAAGAGAAAACACAUCCGCGACGUGGUGGAGGCCAUGCGCAUGCCGACCCCCGGCGACCUCAUGCGCGCCGCCAUCGCCCACAUCGCCCCCGCUGCUGCUCAUGGGGGGGCGCCAGGGGAGCAAGGGGGGGGAGAGGAGGCGCAUGAGCGCGUGGUGGGCGCGCUGCAGGAGCUGGCGCAGCUGGUGGAGCCCGUGCAUGCCGCCAACGAUCUGCACAAGCUGGGCGGGCUGUUGCCGUUGGGGGCGCUGGUGGAGCAUGGGAGCAGCGAGGUGCGCAGCAUGGCGGCACUCGUGGUGGGCAAGGCGGCGCAGAACAACCGCCAAGUGCAGCGCCAGGUGUUGGAGACGGGUGUGCUGCAAGCGCUCUUCAUGCGCCUGCACUCGCAGCACCCAACCCCGCCAGUGGGCGACGAGGAGCACGCCAGGCUGCUCUUCGCCCUCUCUGCUGCCAUCCGCGGCCACGUGGCAGCCACCCAUUGGUUCUACCGCCACAGUGGUGUGGCCCUGCUGGCCCGCCUGCUGUCCGUGCCAUCCCCCCGCACGCAGCGCAGGGCGCUCUUCCUGCUCGCUGACCUCGCUGACAGUGUGGGCGCGCGGGCAGGGGGCGAGGGGCAGGAGGGCGAGAAGGAGGGGUUGAGCAUGGCGGUAGGGUUGAAGGUGGUGGCGCUGCUAGGGGGGGAUGAGGGGGCGAGCGGGGAGCGGCUGGGGGCAGUGAGGAGGCGCAGUGAGGACGGCAGCAGCACGUGGGACCUGGACAUGCUGGAUAAGGCAGCAGCAGCGCUGCACAGCCUGCAGGGCGCCUCACCCGCCACGCGCCGAGUGCUGCUCGCAUGCUGCCACCCCGCGCUGGCAGUGGAGCGCGUGAGGGUAGCGCUGCAGGCGCACGUGGGGGAGGUGCAGCGGGGGGGAGACGAGGCAGAGUAUGAGCAGGAGGUGGCGGGGCGCCUGGCGUCGCUGCUGCUCGCCCUGCACGCACCUGGGGGAGGGGUGGAUGCUCGCCCCCACUAG